AUGGCCGAGCUUCUACCACCGCGACCCUCAUGUGCCGCGCGUCUCGGCCAGCCAAGCCGGCCGACCCAGCCGCUGCCGCCGCACACUGCGGUGGAUGGAGCGUACCGUGGAGCGAAAGUGGGCAGAAAUGGAGCUGCCAUGGUGGGUGGUGCUGUGGCGAUGAUGUUCAGGCUUUUCUACAAGUUCAAAGUUUCUCGAAGAUCAGCCUUUGAGGUAAGGGAUUUAGGAGCGAAGGGCAUGGGAGUGGUGGCAGCUCGGAAGAUUCAGAAAGGUGAGCUGCUGUUGCGCGAGCAGCCACUGCUUGUGGUGAGCCAUUGCCAGGAUUCCAGGCAACUGGGCACUUGGGAGCAGGAAAUCGAAGAGGCCUUGGGACGCUUGCCCGAUGACCAGCUGCGAAGUUUCUGGAGCUUGUCUGAUUGCCAUUCCGAGACCAAGACCUCGGCCGUGGGCAUCGUGCGGACCAAUGCCUUGCCGAUCGAAACGGCCCAGGGUGACAUGGUGGGGGUCUAUGCGAAUGUUUCAAGGUUCAACCACAGCUGCAACAACAAUGUGAACAACAGCUAUCAAGAGGAGCAUGGAGAGGUGUUGCACGCCAUUCGUGACGUGGAAGCGGGGGAAGAGUUGUGCAUCACGUACAUCGACCUCUUCAUGACGCGGCAAGAACGCCAAGAGGCUUUACGGAGAACGUUCAACUUCAAAUGCACCUGUCCCAGCUGCUUGCAGACAGGUCGGGAUCUCUUGCUCAGCAACGAGGUGCGCCAGCGGCUGUCCAAGCUCCGCUCGGCGCUGCCCAGCGCCGUGGCACAAGGCUUGGGGAAUCAGGUCAUGGAGAAGCUCAUUGAGCUCAUUGACCAGGAGCUUGAGGGCAAUGCUGCGGCGAAAACCUAUGCCUAUCACAUGGGCUUCCAGCUCAUGAAGGACGUAGAUCCUUCAAAGGCUCUCACCUAUGCAAAGGAGGCCCUUGAAGAGUCCAAGGUGUCGGAAGGCCCUGAAUCCUGGGUCAGCCAGAUGUUGCAGAGUGUCAUCGCAGAAGAAAAGCCGGCAGCGCCAAGGUCAGCUUUUCGAGAGGUCGCAAGGAAGAAGUGGCUCAUCGACCUGACGGGCGCCCUGGUCUCGACCGGGCGGACCAGCUUCGCCGCGAGCCGCAGCGAGGUGAAUAUUCAUGGCGUUCAGGAUUGUGUGGAGUAUGCAGCAGAAAUUUGCUGCCGCAAUGCCGAGGGCUUUGGAGAAUACUCGAUGGCCAGCGACAGUGUGGCCAACAUUGAUGCCAAGGGGCAGAUUGGUGGCAUGCAACUAGUGAUCCACGAGGGCGCAUCCGAUGUUCCGGUCAUGGUCCCCCAGGGAGAUGGCAAGAUGAAGGUCAGAUGGACCCUGCCAGAAGAGGCCAAGCAGACGAUUGUAAAGCUUCGCAGAGUAGGCAACCAGAACUGGUACCUUUGCACGGGCGGCGCCAUCGCCGCGCCGGCCACGGAGACGCUGGCCACGGGCUUGGAGGAGGGCAUCGAAUACGAGGCCAUGGUCUCCUUCUUUAUCAACAACCGGUGGUGUUGCGAGUCGCCGAUCAGCAAGCCAGCUUGCAUAGGCGAGCUGAAGCUGCCAGCGCCUCCCACACAGCCCAAGGAGCCUCGGCUCUACGUGAUGGACGUGAGCCAAGGCAUCAUGAGAGUGAGGUGGCAGUACUUCUCUUGCGUCCCGCCCCUGAGCGGCGCGCUGGUGCGUUUCCGCGCCGUGGGCGCCCGGAAGUGGCUCUUCGCACAUCCCAGCAGCGGAGCGCUCAUUGAUGUCUCUCCUGAAAAGGAGCCGGAUCUCAUCCCAUUUCCACAGACCGAAGUCGAUGUGCGAGGGCUUCCCCUCGGCAUCCGCUUCGAGGCCUGCGUGGCUUUCAGGAACAAGCUGGGCACCGGGCCCUUCUCGAAAGAGAGCGAGAUUGGACACAUUGGGAUGUUGGCCGCCCGAAUGCUGAAAUGCACGUACUGUUUCCAGGACUUUGACCUGCAAACAGCUGAAUACACCCGGGCGCUUGAGAAUUUUUGGUGCCCCUUAUGCCGCUUCAGGCACCUGGACCCCUUCAAUGCCAUCGUGGAGCAAUCAGGUAUCCUCAGACAUCACAUGUUCAUGCGGCCGAGCGUCUCCUUCAACCUCGACCUGCCGGAACUCAAGGCAUGGCGCAAGGAGGAUCAAAGUAUCUUCGCGAGGUGUAUCAAGGUGAAUAGCGACAUCACGGCGCAGGUUUGGCCUACCAAGCUCAUCGUGGUGAUCAACGGUGCGGAGGUCUUUCGAAUAGAACCUCCGGAAGAAGGCCAUGUACGACGAGACGUCCCAAAGGACAUCUCCGCGGGCUUGAGACCCGGCAUGAACAGUGUCACAGUGUCCAUAGAGGAUGAGCAUCCUUCCAGCUAUGCAUUUGCCAUUGUGCGGACGCAGCCCCGCACCGCGGAACAGAUCGCAGAGGACACCAACAGUUGCGAGGAGGACGAUGCCUUACGGCGUGUCUGCAUGCUGUUAAAGGAUACAUGGGGCAUCAAGGAGGUGGAGAAUGGCGAUGCCAAAGAGGAGUUUCAGAAGGAGCCUGAAGAUGAGAAGAUGGAGGAUGCAGAGAACGCCCCCAAGGCAGAGCCUGACAAGCUUGAGGAGAAGGACAUUCCAGAGAAGGAUGCGGAUGAAAAAGAUGAAGCAAAGCCAGCUCCCGAGCCAGAGCUACCCAAUGGCACUGCGACCAUUGAUUCCGAUGAGGAGGUGACUUGCGUCCUCUCCAACAAGCUCAAGCUUCGCUGUCCUCUCUCCUUCGAACGGGUGGAUAUCCCCGUGAGGGGCGAGACCUGCAUGCAUUUGCAGUGCUUUGGCCUAGCUGCUUACUUGGAGUCCAACUUGAAGAUGCGAGCCCUGAACAACAGUCUGGGCACGUCAAAGAACCUGUGUUGGUCCGGUUUCCUGGAAGAAUCUUUGGACGCCAUGGGCCAAUCAGCCAGCACCGCGGAGAUGCCUGAGGCCCAAGAAGGCCAGCACACCAUCAGCCUGGCGGCCACAGAAAUCAUCCGUGUGGCGGGCAUGUCUGGCUACCACACCUCCGUCAUCGUGGAUGACCAGGAGUAUUUCUUCGACUCCAUUGGCAUCCUCGAGGCCAAGCCCCUCUUCAGCCACAUGCUGCCAGAGCCGCCAGAGCCUGACAUCGAUGCGACCGGCCUGGACCUCCCGCCCAGCAGACACCCCAGCGGACCACUCCGAAGCCCCAGCCGGGAGCCGGUGGUGACGCGGAUCGGGUCCAGCGCCUACAGCGGGAGGGACCUGGUGGCGGCCUUGCACCAGUACUUCGAGCGUGGUACUUAUGAUGUCUUCUACAAGAACUGCAACACCUUCACGGACGCCGCCUUGUACUUUCUGACGAAGACUCGGAUGCCCGCCUACUGCAACCGCAUCGAGCGCUUGGUCACCGCCACGGACCCGGUCUCGGUGAGCUUGUUGAAUCGGAUCUUCAAGGCGAUGGUGGAGCAUCAACAAGGAGUGGAGGUGGAGGGCGACAUCUAUGUGCCCAAUCCACUUUCCGCGGGCUUCUCCGUUGAGAAACUCAUCCGGAAGUUGGAAGGAGAGUCGGAGACCGAGUCCUCGGGCUCCGACUCCGAGGAGUCGGAGGACGAGCCACCCAGCUUGGCCCGAAGGCUCUCAGAGCUGCCCAGCAAGCUGGUCUCAGGACUCUGAGAAAGCCAACAAGGCAGUUCCCUGAUGACCGUCCUGAUGACCGGUCGUCGACCGGAGGUCGGAGGUGUCCUCGUUGGUUUUUUUUGGGCGUUUGGUGUCCUUUCCUUUUUAGGGUGCGGAACAAGGGCUUUAUUGGUGGGGGAGCGGAGGUAGUCGACUUGACUGACAUCAGCUAGUGACUAAGUGUAUGUGGAACCUUCUGUUUUUUCACCUUUUCGUUGAAUAUCAUUUUUUCUUGCAGUUUCUGCUAGCAAGGUGAUCAGCAUUUUGACAUGAACAGAUAUACCCACGAGUGUUGAAUGACAGUAGAAGAUGGAAAAGACAA